AUGGCGAGGGGUAAAGUCGCGGCCAGUGCUGGUGUGACACCGAUCCCGAGACAUUUGAGGAUUCUCGUGGCGGUAGACUUUGGCACCACGUUUUCGGGCGUGGCCUAUACGGUUGCCAACGGUGAUGAAGCCGAGAGCGAAAGCCUCGUCACAGACUGGGGACCAGGCCUCACAGCUGAGAAAGUGCCGACGGUUCUGAGGUAUGAGAAUGGCGGCACGUCUGGCUUUGCUUACUGGGGGUUUGAAGCUCUCAACAAGAGCAGCCCAAACAAGCAGGUCCAUGAGUGGUUCAAGUUGGGCCUCUGUCCUGAGCUCGAAGAGUCACGCGCGGCUCAUUCUGAGCUGCUGAGAAAGUUUCCCAGCAAAGUCGCCUUGCCUCCCGUUUCUCAAGAGGAAUGCGAGCGACUUGUCAUCAGCUACCUGGCCCUUCUGAAGCGUGCCGUAGAUCAUCUUUUCGCCUCGAUAAUGGACGGCAUGCAAGACUAUCCCCGGGAGUACAUCAUCACCGUCCCUGCGAUGUGGAGCCACGGCGCGCAAGAGACAAUGCGCAUGUGCGCAGCAGACGCAUUCCUGGGAGACCCGCGCCUGAAAGAACACCUCCAAAUGGUCGCUGAGCCGGAGGCGGCUGGCAUGUACGCCCUCUCCGCCAUGCGUGACCUUGGCCUCGACGAAGGUGACACAUUUGUGAUCUGCGAUGCGGGUGGAGGUACCGUUGACCUAUCUUCCUACAAAAUCAGUUCGAUCGAGGACUUCAUCGGCUUGAGGAGGGUUUCGACCAUCUCUGGCGAGCUAUGUGGGAGUAGUUUCCUCAACAGAAUAUUCGAGGACUAUCUGAUGAAAAAGAAGGAUCUGGCACACGUCAACUGGACCACCAGAAACGGCGUAAACCUCCUUCGAGCGGCGGUCGCAGAGUUUGAGAACACGAUCAAGCCACAGUUCACUGGAACAGAGCGCGGCUCCUUUUACCUCAACACAGUCUUUCCCCCUCGGCGGCCGGGCGGCGACGGCCUUGUGCUCGCCAUUCCAGUGGAAGACGUCCGCGAGAAGAUAUUUGGUCUUGUGAUCGCCAAGAUUUGUGGUCUCGUUCGCGACCAGAUUAAGAACACGAUUGCAACCACAGGGUGUGUGAAGGAGAUUCUGUUAGCCGGAGGCUUCGGGCAGAACGUUUACCUGAAACGUCGGCUCGAGCAAGAGGUCGGCGGCGACAUCAAGGUCCGCAAAGUCGAGAACAGCCGCACUGCUAUCGUGAGAGGUGCGUUGAUGGCAGGGUUAUCCAAAGCGGGCCAGUCUUCGGAAUACGAUACGUCAGAAGACGGCGUUUCGGAAAGCGUGAGCUCAGAGGGGGCGAUACAUUUCUGGGAAGAGCAGAAGAAAAGGCCAAAGAGGAUAGGAAAAAUUUACGCUCGCAAGCCCACCCGCAUCACGGCCAGAGAGGCACCUCGUCACUACGGGACGUGUGUCUUUGACGUAGACGACAGGGUUACCAGUUAUCACAGGAAUGGAAAGAAUCGACGAAGAAGCGGACCACGCGAGGUCGAGGUCAUGGAGUGGUUUGUCAGAAAGGGUGAUGAAAUCUUGGACGGCGAGGCGAAAACGUUCCCACUUUGGUACGAAGUGGACAUCGCCCCGGACGAAGAAAGACCCGAAAUCGUCUGUGAUGUAUACUCGUCCAAGGAUGACGUACCUCCGCCCCGUCCACACACAAAGGCCAACCCAGUUCCUUCCCUUGAAAAGCCCCUUGCCACUCUCACCAUUGACCUCAACACCAUCGACUCCCUGCCGUACCAAGUCAAGGAUGACGGCCGACACUACUACAACAUCCCCUUCGAAGUGUCCAUGACUUUGAACUCGGCCGAGUUGACGUUCAACCUUGUCCGUGGCAAGGAAAAGUACAAGCCGGCAACGGUGACGGUGAACGAGAGCGAGUGGCUGUCUUGA